UAUUUUUUGGAAAACGAGAUAAUUUUUUCUUUCUUAAAUAAUUUGAACACAAAAACGUUAAGCAUGGCUGGCCCGAUGGAAAGAAUUACGGUUCUCGACGAUAUUGAAAAGGAAAUUAUUACAUGUUUACAGUGUGCAGCACAAGCUCUUCUCGAGCUAGGCAAAGAGAAAUCUAGCCAAAAGCAGGCAGAGUCCAACACAUCUCAAUUUCUGAGAACCCUUAGCCAGGUUGAGAGCAAGUUGAGUGAUCAGAUCAACUAUUUGACGCAAGUGUCCACCGGUCAGCCGCAUGAAGGCUCAGGCUACGCGUCCCAGAAAGUACUGCAGAUGGCGUGGCACCGGCUGGAGCAUGUGCGCUCCUGGGUCAACGAGCUGGACCGCCUGAAGGCUUCACAUUUAGCAGCUAGCACUCGGAGUGUAACAGCUAGCAACGUCCCCAAUGGAAAUAUGACUAACUCUGGAACAAGCACAUGAUUACAGUGCUACAACAUUUUUCAGUAAAUCAUCCAUCUGUACCUACAAUCCUGGAGAAAAAUACAAAUUAUACAGUGGAUUGAUACAUUGUCAGUGAAAGGACUAUGUAGCAUAAAAUAUAGUAAAUUGAACAUUGACUUGUGUAAACAAUAAUAAUCAUAUUUAUAGUAGUAGU